UCCUGUAGUUAGAUAAUGUCUUUCAUCCCUUGUUAUUUUUCUGGUAUAUCCCUGUAGCGCCCGUAAGGUGCUUGAGAACCGUUCCCUCGCCGAGGAAGAGCGCAUGGACGCACUUGAGAACCAACUUAAAGAAGCGCGAUUCUGCGCUGAGGAGGCCGACAAGAAAUACGAUGAGGUUGCCCGUAAAUUGGCCAUGGUUGAAGCUGAUUUGGAAAGAGCUGAGGAGCGCGCCGAAGCAGGAGAAUCCAAAAUUGUAGAACUUGAAGAAGAACUUCGCGUUGUCGGUAACAACUUGAAAUCUCUUGAAGUAUCAGAAGAAAAGGCUACACAAAGAGAAGAAAGCUUCGAAGGUCAAGUAAAAAUAUUAGAUGGACAAUUAAAAGAGGCUGAAGCUAGAGCUGAAUUUGCUGAACGUUCCGUUCAGAAAUUACAGAAGGAAGUCGACAGGCUGGAAGACGAGUUGGUCGCCGAGAAGGAGAAAUACAGGGAAAUUGGAGACGAUUUGGACACAGCCUUCGUGGAACUUAUUCUCAAGGAAUAAACUUAUACUUAGCAAAAUCAUCAAACUACUAUUUUAGAAUCUCUACAGGUUCUAUUAGAUUCCAACAAGUGCUCAACGCCAGAUGGGCGCCUUACAUCUAUUUAUGCAGCCCAACAUCAUUGUAUACAUAUGUAUUAUUUAAUUCAGGCGGAAAUAAAUAAUUAUUAUUCAAAACAUGUGCACAUAUUAAAUUUAAAGAAUCAUUUUAUGUUUCUUACGCUAUGUAAAAUCCUUUAAUAUUAAUAUUUUAUUGAUGUACUUUCU